AGGAGGCCAACUUUUUUUAGGCCUAGCACUGAUUUAUUUCAUUCGCAUCAUCACGAACUCAACAUUUGGCAGUCUGUGGUCAAAGUUACAACUUAAGUUCCCUGCAUGCAGACAUUUUGAGGUUUAUUAUAAGCGGUAUAUUGCACUCCCUUUCAGGUCAUAUAUAUAAAAAAAAAAGAAUUUUGCAAAAUGAGUUCUUUUUCAAGCCGUGCUGUCGGUGCAAUUGUUGGAGGCAUCAUCGCCGAUGCAGCAGGCGUUCCUAUCCACUGGAUCUACAAUCCAGCUGACCUUGCUGCCGUCCUAGCCAAACAUGACAAGCCAGAAUUCAUCCCAGAAGGGCAGUCUCCUUUCUACAAAAUUCCCACCGGAUCCCAGAGUAUAUAUGGUGACCAGUGUUAUGUCAUGCUCAAGUCCUUGGUGGAGAACAAAGGCUUGAAUGUGGAGAGCUACAAGGCCAUUCUGAAGGCCACCUUUGGCCCUGGCACUGCUUAUGAGAUUGACCACUCAGGCCCGAGACCAAUCAAGGGACCAUGGAUCUCUCACUCUCUCAUAGCCUUCUUGGCCAACUACAAAGAGAACAAGGAGAAAACUGGGGACACAGAAAGCAGAGAUAUGGAUGGAGUGAGCAAGCUGGGUCCAUUGGUGGCACUCUACGCUGGGGACCCAAAGCUGAUGGAGUGUGUAGAGGCUGUCACAAGGGUCACUCAGGACAAUGAUAUUGCUGUCAAGUUUACCUUGGCUGGAGCUAAGCUGUUAGAGAGUUACAUUUUGAAUGGUCCCAAUCUUCAGGCAGUGGAGGAGAUAAUGAACUCUGCGGAUCCUGAGGUGAAGGAUGCCUUCCAAGAUGUCUUGAAUAUCAAGACACAACCCCAUGCAGAAGCGGUGAAGAAGUACAAACCUUCAUGUUCAAUCCCGGGCUGCUUGCAAAACAGCCUUCAUGGGCUAGUGAAUGCCACUGAUGAUUUUGCCUCUUCUCUACGUCCAACCAUGGUUGCUACCGGAGACAACUGUGGUCGACUCCUAUUCCUUGGGGCUUGUCUGGGAGCACAGAGGGGGGUCGAAUCUCUGCCAGCUGAUUGGGUGAGCAAAACCAGUAAGGCUGAGGAGGUAAAGACAUUAGCUGAGCAACUGCUGGCAUUGCGAAAGUAAGAGAACUGGUGGAUGAUGAAAACUUUCUUUGGAAGACACAAGUAAAAUUACCUUAAUGACGAGUGUUUCUUUUGCUGUCAGAGAGACAUUUCUAACUGCCAUGUUGUAUGCUGUUAGUUAUAGCUGUUUGUGAGUAAAUUAGAGAAAACAGAAAAGAUGGCUUGAGGGUUGUAUUCAGAAUACUCCAAAUUGUACAUUGUGCUUUGGGAAAGAUGACUUUCAUUCAUUAAUAUAAAAAGUAUAUUUGAAGUCAAGAUUUUUUGUCAGCAAAAGAAAAGAAAUAUGAUUAAAAGGUCCUAGUUGAUGACUUGUUAAUGAAUGUUUGAAAUUGAGGAUUUUUUACUGUCAUAUUUGCCAACACACAAUAUCAGUUUUGGGCAUUCUGCAUGUAUUUUUAUACAAGUAGGGUCGAGGCUAGUUAUUUCAUUUCAAAUAUGUUUCCACUGACUUUAUAAAUUUUAUUACAUUUUCAAAUUGAUAUUGUAAGCUAGUCCUUGUCACUAAUGACAAAACUGAAAAUGAUAAAUAAGGUUAAUUUACUUUGAAGUACUUCGAGGAACAGCUUCUUCAUUUUGUCAAGAUGUACUUUGCAUCGGGAAGUUGUUGACUUUAAUUACAAGUUUUCCUUACAGCACCGUAUAUACACAACACUAUUCUGCAAAGGUUGCAGAUAGAGUGUUCCAUUCCAUGCUGCAAAGCUAAGUGGAAUGGAAUGUUCAUGAAUGUGUGAUCAAUUAUCCACCAAUCAGAUGACAAGUAUUACUCAGAUGUUUUAUCUAAACAACAAGACUUGGCUAUUGUACUUUGGUCUAUUGGAUGUUAUUUAAAUUGCCUAUUGCUUCAUUGAAACUGUGUCUGUUUAUGCUAACUCUGAUAUUAAAACUUUCUACAGAACCUUUUAUAUUUUUUCAGCUAAGAAAAAAAAGGUUAUGAAAUGAAAAAUAUAUACAUAUAUAUGUAAAGAUUUUAUAUUUAAAGACAUUUGUUUUCUCAGACAGAAACAUUUGUUUGUUCAGAAUCGUGAAAUGGUUUGAUAUUACAAUAUUUAGAACUUGUAAAAUAUUGAGAGAUCCAUGUUAGCUUGAAGCUUCAAACCAAGUUCAUCAUUCUUUCUGUAAUGGGUGGAUGCUAUUUUGCUUUUGUAUUUGUAAUGUAGAGAUGUUGGUGUUUGCUGUACAGUCUUAGCUGCAAAGUGUUAUCUUUCACUCAAACAUCCAACCAAAUCUGUCAUACAAAGUUGUGGUUGAAAUAAUUUUUGAGAAGUACAUUUAUGUACUAUGGAGGUAAAAAUGUUUAUUAAGAAGUGAUUUGAAACAUUAAAGGACACAUAGAUGUCAAAUCCAAGGUUA